AUGAUUGACAUCACUGCCGUGCCCGCCCGUACUGUGACGUGCCCCUUUCCUCUUUUGGCGCAUGACGCAGCGGUGCCCCAGGACUCUCUGACGUCACCGUUGCUGCUGCUACUGAUGGGUCGGGAGAAGGCCUGCGUUGCGGUGCUACAGGACCACAAGAUCUGUCUUCGCCGAUUUAUUUUGCAGUCCCAUCGCACACUGACGGCCUGUGCAUUUCGGCCCAUUAACGCGAACGACGAGCAUAUUUUUGCAUUAGCGGACACCUUUGCUACUCUUACGCUGCACCGUUUUUCUCAGGCGUCAAAUCGUGUGUCGCCGGUUGAUCAGGAUAGCGGCACUAUUUUCGUCGGCAACGCAUGGGAUACGACCCCGCGGAUCGAUCAGGUUGUUCCGGUGCGGGAUAGCAGUGGGGUGGACGCUGUCUGCACGCGUCAAGGUGAAACAAAUGCUGCGUGGGCAAUAUCGUUUGAGCGAGAGGAGGCACACACGAUAAAGGUUGACGGCACGUUGGAACGAUUAUUUGUACAACAACAGGUUACUUCGGGCUGUUUCGUGGGAACCACGCGACGCGGCGUAUCGCUCAUCUCUCCCGCCUCUGGGGAGACAUUGAUGGAGCUUCGAUUACCAGACGGAGAAGGACAUGUUACGGCUGUACAGUCAGGCGUUGCCGGGAGUGGAUAUUAUGCCGUGGUAACUACUUGUGGUACCGCCCUUAUGUAUGAUCAACGCCGCGCUGAGAAGCCAUUUUGGUCGGAGCCGCUGUGGGACUUACGUGAUGUCAAGGACGCUGGCAAUGCUGAGACGCUUAUGGCGUAUUGUUGCGAGGGUGUGUGGGCUGUUCGCGCUGCUGAAAAGCUCCACUGCCUGCGCUGCACUGACGGCUCUGUUGUGUGCCGUUCUUUUCCACUUUCUGGAGGUUUUCAUUCGUCGCACUUUGCCACUGCAGGUUUGUACUUCACAGAUGACGUUCUUCACUUUGUGGGAAGUAAGGGUGUUUAA